CUUUGUGAGUGCCCUCUGUCUCACCAGCCGGAUUCCAAUCUCCAUUUUCCUUUCGGUUCCCGUCGCUACAGAAACGGCGACGCAACAACAUUUGCGCUCAGGCACGUCUGUUCCUCCAUUCUUCCUGCUUAAUUUGCCGACUUUCUGCUCGCAAUGUCAGUAAAUCAUAUCCGAAAUCAGAAGAAAAUGCACCGGCAAAGGGAUUUGUCCCGCAUGGGUAAAUCCAAGCGCAGAGUUCUGGUCGCCCCAUCCAUGAACGCAAGGGAUCCGUUCGGAGAGCCCAUGUGGCCGUUAGGGAUCAGUAAACUCGCACGUGUCCCUGAAAAGAAGGGUAACUCAUUCGGGACCCCUGGAUCUGAAGGUAGUCACGGCUCCCAGGAAGUUCAAAGACCUGUGUGUAGUUCAGACAGAAGCAGCAGCAGCCCCCAUGAGUCUGCAGAUUCGGAAUACCAGCAAUGGCUGAAGCAGCGCAGAAAGCUAAGAGGGGAGCUGGACAGCAUGGGGGACCUGAAGGGAUGGCUGCAGAACAAACCACAAGUCACUGAGAUGGAGACAGCGGUAAUGGACAGGAUGGAAUUGGAGAAAAAUGCAAGGGAUGCUGCAAGGGCAAUUCAACAUGGCAGUGCCACCCCACUCUCAUCCAUGGCUGGUGGUUCGUCACACAAGAAGCCCCGGUGGCUCUCUACUCCGACUCCUGAGAUUCGCACUCCCUCUCCUCACGGCAUGACUAUAGUGCAGCGCUACUUGAGGAGGACACGCCUGCGUUUGGUGGACCUAUUCCAGCACCUUGACAAAAGCAAAACUGGCCAGGUGUCCAGGGAGGACUUCCGGAGGAUCAUCAGAGAGGUAGGAAUCCCCUUGAGUGACAAACAUGUGGAUGAGUUGAUUGUGGCUUUAAGCUCCAAAGAAGGCGACUCUGUCAACUACAGGGAUCUGGUGACUGGACGAGAUAUGUGGAUUCUAGAAGCUCGAGUGGAUUUGAAACAGCAGAUGAAAGAGAAAAUGACUCAGGAGACAGAAUUUACAGGAGUCUGGCCAUCUCCCAGCAGGCAGUGGGAGCACCAGACUGUCUCCCCCAGUACACCAUUCAGUUACAGCACUGAGUAUCGCAGCUCCCCAAGCUCGUUUCUAGAGGUCCCAUCCCCAAACCUUGAGGAGAGCCGGCCUUUGAGCUAUGAGGACAUGGAGGAAAUUGGCAAGUGGGACCGGGAGCGCAGAAGAAGAGAAAAUAGAAGCACCAGUCACUUGGAAUGGCUUGAACAAUGUCGGGUAGUCAGGACGGGCACCCCUGCCGUGGAUAGUCACAGCCUGCCUUCCACAAUGAAAGGAGAUAGCGGAGACCGUGUGGACAUUUACCGCCGGCAGUGCUUUCGGGAAUAUAGUGACAUUCUGCAGUUGUGUCAGAAUUAUGGCAUCCCACUGAGUGCACAACUCCUGGAGAGAGCUCUGCUGCACCCAGGAGACAGGCUGCUGAUGGAUUCAGGUCACGUGCUUCCCAUCCGGCAGCCAGGGACAAGUCCUGCGGUCCAACUAUUCCGUGAUGACAAGAGGACUCUUGCCAAUGACUCUGAAGAGCACCUCCUGCCAUCCAGCGGAAGACCCUCUGGAAGAUCUCAGUCUGAGAGGUGUCCAUACCCACUUAAAAAAUGUGUCAGCAAGGGUGGAAAGCUGAUGCAACUGUCUACUGGUGCAGCCAGAAUUAAAAGCAAAACAGACUGCUGGCUGACCUUUGAGGAGUACCAGGAAAUCACCAGCCAUCUAAAGCCACACCAAAGCCUCCGUGCUGAUCCCAAUGCUUUCUGGCCAGGACAGCUCCUAGAGAAUGUGCGACUGUGCUUAGCAGAUGACCAGGCGAAAUCCAGUGAUGCCUUGUUUUACUCCACCAGACAGAAUUCAGUAAUCAAUAUGGCGACCCAGAGACAAAGCUGGCCGAUUAGUGAUCAGGGCUAUGUGAUCUGUGGUGACAUUGACAGAAAUAAGACUUACUCACUGGAGUAAGCUAAGGAGAAACUGGAUACCACAAGGUGCUACCCUUAAUAAACAUCAGUGACAGUCCUAUAGGCACCGUGUCUGUGUAAUAUUAGGUGAAAAGGGGAUGUGGAGGGCGCUAAAAUUUACUAAAAUCUUUUUUUCCUGCUGGAAGAGGGGAGUCUUCAGUGUAACUAACGUGGGAUGGUGCUGGAGUUGUUUAUCAGCCAGAAGAGGUCGGGGGGUUCAGAAGGCAGAAGUGACAGAUUCGGUGUUCAUCAGUCAACCUUCUCUUCUGAAGAGGAGAGGUAUUAGGUGAUAGCGCCACCUUCUGACUUGGAGUAGAAUUAACACUUGACAAGCCCUGGAGUUGUCUCAGAAGCAUACGUGUGUGACGAGAUACAACAGGAAAAUAACCAAACAACAAAUCAGUAUAAAAACUGAAAUAUGUCCAUAAUUAGAAAGCUGUUGGCUUUUUCUUAGAAGGUCAGCACAGGUUGGACAGUGUGGAGACAAAGUCAGAGAGGCGAGAUUGCAUUGGUUUGGACAUGUGCAGAGGAGAGAUGCUGGGUAGAUUGAG